UACCAGGAUGUCCACAGAUGGUGGCUUUGGCACAGCUGGCAACAGUGAUGCCCAGCAAAGCCUCCAGUCCUUCUGUCCAUGAGUCAUGGAGGAGAUCCGCAACCUGACCGUGAAAGACUUCAGAGUCCAGGAGCUGCCUCUGGCUCGCAUCAAGAAGAUCAUGAAGCUGGAUGAAGAUGUGAAGAUGAUCAGUGCAGAAGCUCCUGUGCUGUUUGCCAAGGCAGCUCAGAUAUUCAUAACAGAACUGACUUUGAGAGCCUGGAUACACACAGAAGACAACAAGACGAGGACUCUGCAGAGGAACGACAUCGCUGUGGCCAUCACGAAGUUUGAUCAGUUCGAUUUCCUCAUCGACAUCAUCCCAAGAGAUGAGCUGAAGCCUACAAAGAGACAGGAGGAAGUCCGUCAGGCUGUCACCCCUGCCGAGCCUGUGCAGUAUUACUUCACCCUGGCUCAGCAGCCUGCUGCAGUGCAGGUUCAGGGCCAGCAGCAGGGCCAGCAGACCACCACCUCUACAACAACCAUCCAGCCAGGACAGAUCAUCAUUGCCCAGCCUCAGCAGGGACAGAGCACCCCUGUGACCAUGCAGGUUGGAGAAGGUCAACAGGUCCAGAUCGUGCAGGCCCAACCCCAAGGGCAGAGCCAGCAGGCACAGAGCAGCACUGGGCAGACCAUGCAGGUCAUGCAGCAAAUCAUCACCAACACUGGGGAGAUUAAACAGAUCCCAAUAACACAGACAGAAGUCCAGCAAGGACAGCAGCAGUUCAGCCAGUUCACAGAUGGACAGCAACUUUACCAGAUCCAGCAAGUGACCAUGCCUGCAGGCCAGGACAUCACCCAGCCCAUGUUCAUCCAGUCCACCAACCAGACCUCAGACGGCCAAGCCACGCAGGUGACAGGGGACUGAAGGGGGACACUGCAUUAGAUCUUCUCCCUGCAUGGAGCCAAACCAGCCUGACCUUUACCACACCAACCUGGCCUGAUGCCUACAUCUGC